GGAGCCGUAGGGUCGGGGCAGACGCCGAACUGGACCCCCUUAUUCCUGGGCCAGGGACCCGCCGCCAUUUUGCGUUCCUCCCAUCCGCUCCGUGUGUAUCUGUGCGUCCGGGCCCCCCGGACUCCCCUCAGGCUACCAUCAUGACUGCUGAAGAAACAGUGAAUGUAAAAGAAGUUGAAAUAAUAAAACUAAUCUUAGAUUUCCUGAACUCGAAGAAACUUCAUAUCAGUAUGCUGGCUCUUGAGAAAGAAAGUGGAGUCAUUAAUGGCCUGUUCUCAGAUGACAUGCUUUUUCUGAGACAGUUGAUCCUUGAUGGACAGUGGGAUGAGGUUCUUCAGUUCAUUCAGCCUCUUGAGUGUAUGGAAAAAUUUGACAAGAAAAGGUUUCGCUAUAUUAUACUGAAACAGAAAUUUUUAGAAGCCUUAUGUGUGAACAAUGCAAUGUCAGCAGAAGAUGAGCCUCAGCACCUGGAGUUUACAAUGCAAGAAGCUGUACAGUGCCUACAUGCCCUGGAAGAAUAUUGUCCUUCUAAAGAAGACUAUAGUAAACUGUGUUUGUUACUUACAUUGCCCCGUCUGACCAACCAUGCAGAAUUCAAAGACUGGAACCCUAGUACUGCACGAGUUCACUGCUUCGAAGAAGCUUGCAUCAUGGUUGCAGAGUUUAUUCCUGCCGACAGGAAACUGAGUGAGGCUGGUUUCAAAGCAAGUAAUAAUCGUUUAUUUCAGCUCGUAAUGAAGGGAUUGCUUUAUGAAUGUUGUGUGGAAUUCUGUCAGAGUAAAGCAACAGGAGAAGAAAUUACAGAGAGUGAAGUAUUGCUUGGCAUUGAUCUUUUGUGUGGUAAUGGGUGUGAUGACUUGGACCUGAGCUUAUUGUCAUGGCUUCAGAAUCUGCCAGCUUCUGUUUUCUCUUGUGCUUUUGAACAAAAGAUGCUUAAUAUUCAUGUUGAUAAACUCUUGAAGCCCACAAAAGCUGCAUAUGCUGAUCUUUUGACACCUCUUAUCAGCAAACUUUCUCCUUACCCAUCAUCCCCAAUGAGACGGCCUCAGUCAGCUGAUGCUUACAUGACUCGUUCCUUAAACCCUGCCUUAGAUGGGCUGUCAUGUGGAUUAACGAAUCAUGAUAAGCGAGUCACAGACCUUGGAAAUAAAACCUCUCCAAUGUCACACUCCUUUGCCAAUUUCCAUUACCCAGGAGUGCAGAAUCUUAGCAGAAGUCUCAUGCUUGAAAAUACAGAUUGCCAUAGCAUUUAUGAAGAGUCACCUGAGCGAAGUGAUACUCCUGUGGAGCCACAGCAUUCCAUUGGCAGUGAGACCAUUUGCCAGAGUUCAGUUCCAGAAAAUGAGCCAGUAAAUGGAGCGCAGAAUCAAGGACCAGCCAAACCAGAAAAAAAUGAGCUUCGUGAUUCAACAGAGCAGUUUCAAGAAUAUUAUAGACAAAGAUUACGUUACCAACAGCAUUUAGAACAGAAAGAGCAACAACGACAACUGUAUCAGCAAAUGUUGCUUGAAGGAGGAGUAAACCAGGAAGAUGGCACAGACCAGCAACAGAAUCUUACUGAACAGUUUCUUAACAGGUCUAUUCAAAAGUUGGGAGAGCUAAACAUAGGUAUAGACACUCUUGAAAAUGAUGUGCAGACGCUCAGCCAGCAAUGUAAUGGGAGCAAAGGGCAUGCAUCUAACACACCAGCAACUAGCUUUGUAUCACCACCUCCAGAUGUUAGUCAGAGAAUAGGUACUGAUAACCAAAUUGUUAAUACGAGCACUCCUCAAAAGCGUGGAUCAACAAAUCAGAUACCCUUUCUUGAAGAAUCGCCAGUCCAUGGGAGUAAAACUAUGCCAGAACACACUAUCAUUCAGCCACAACUUGAAGAUUCUUCAGGGAAUCUAACUAGGACAAGAGGUGAUGAGGAUGAUAAAUCAAAAAAGCAAUUCAUUUGUAUUAAUACUCUAGAAGAUACACAAGCUGUCAGAGCUGUGGCUUUUCAUCCGAGUGGGAGUUUGUAUGCUGUUGGCUCAAAUUCUAAAACUUUGAGGGUGUGUGCCUAUCCAGAAGUAAUUAACCCAAGUUCCUCGUCUGUCGUCCCUCGAAAACUGAUACCUGACCUAGGCAGAUCUUCACUUUCUUCCUCUGUAAAGAUGGCAACAGAUGCUUAUAACACUCCUAAACAACCAGAUAUUCGUUUCAAAAGGAACAAACAUCACAAAGGGUCAAUCUACUGUGUGGCAUGGAGUCCUUGUGGACAGUUGUUGGCUACUGGUUCUAAUGAUAAAUAUGUUAAAGUACUACCUUUUAAUGCAGAAACUUGUAAUGCAACAGGACCAGACUUGGAGUUCAGUAUGCAUGAUGGGACAAUUAGAGAUCUUGCUUUUAUGGAAGGCCCAGAAAGUGGUGGCGCUAUUUUAAUUAGCGCUGGAGCAGGAGACUGUAAUAUUUAUACAACAGACUGCCAGCGAGGUCAAGGCCUGCAUGCUCUGAGUGGCCAUACUGGUCAUAUUUUAGCACUUUAUACAUGGAGUGGGUGGAUGAUUGCAUCUGGUUCCCAAGACAAGACUGUAAGAUUCUGGGAUCUUAGAGUACCGAGUUGUGUUCGUGUAGUUGGAACAACAUUUCAUGGAACUGGUAGUGCUGUGGCAUCUGUUGCAGUUGAUCCUAGUGGUCGCCUACUAGCUACAGGGCAAGAAGACUCCAGUUGCAUGUUGUAUGAUAUUCGAGGCGGACGAAUGGUACAGAGCUAUCAUCCUCAUUCCAGUGAUGUUCGUUCUGUUCGCUUUUCUCCUGGGGCUCACUACUUGCUCACAGGAUCUUAUGAUAUGAAAAUAAAGGUGACAGACUUGCAAGGGGACCUUACUAAGCAACUUCCUAUUAUGGUGGUAGGGGAACAUAAGGACAAAGUGAUUCAGUGUAGGUGGCAUACGCAAGAUCUAUCCUUCUUGUCAUCUUCUGCAGACAGAACUGUAACACUUUGGACCUACAAUGGUUAGAGUGCAACUAAGGCAACGUAUGCAGAUAAAGCACAGAGAAAUAAGACUACUGGACUGUAAAAAUAAUAAUUUAGGGAUUCAAAGAGCAGCAUCUGACCAGGAAAGUGUCUUAGCAAGAAGAGGCACUUGUCACAGAUUUUUCUGAUUGCUAGGAGGUCUUGGUGUGUUAGUAUUAUUUCGCAGUGCUUUCAGUCUUCCAUGUGAACUCUUGCUGCUGUGACCUAUUGUAGUCUUGUUGCCAAAGUCUGUUGGAAGAGCUCUUAUGUUGUCAAUGUGCACUCAAAGUAAGAUUAAUGAUGUGUUUACAGUUUAGUAUUAAUUGCAUUCCUUGGUCUUUGCCUCAAUGACAAUUUUAUAUAGAAACUUAAACCGAAUUACACUUUUAAACAACUCAGUAACUAGUUCCACAUAAAUGUAGAAGAUAAAAAUGUACUUCUGCUGUUUCACACUUCUGUUGUAUGCAUCACUUGUCAACCAGAGGUCAGACUUUUUUUUCCCUUUCCACACUUUCAACAUUUUUUUUUUUUUUUUAGUACGUAUAAUUGUAAAAUUUUAAAGGUGACUAGGCAGUAACUGCUUCUUGAUGAUAGUCCACUAUAUAGCGUGUUUUGCUUUUCACCUAAACCGGGGGAAAUGUUGCUGUUUUUACUACAUGAUAUUGUUUUCAACAGGCUGAUGUUGAAAACAAAAAGUAAAAUGUUGGGUUUGCUCCAGAAACCAUGUAAUGUUUCAUUCUGAAUGCAACAUAAUACCUCUGUGUAUAAUGUACUGUAGAAAAGAGUGUGGAUUGGCAGCAGUUAUCACAGUGAGCUAAAUGGGUAGCUGUUCUCUCAAAGAAAAAUGGUACCAUUAACACUUAUAGACAACAGCAUGGCUUAAAAUGCUGUCUGCAUGAUAAUUUAAAAAAUUAAAUCAUUUAACUUCCCAGUCUAGAAGCAUUUUUGGAUUUUUCUUUCUUGCACUGUUUAUGUAAUGCAGAAUUGCAGUUUUAUUUCUAUGAAACUUUAGAUUCUAAUGUUUAAGUAUUGUUAUAUUUUCAUAUUGUACAGUUCCUUUUAAAUUAAAACUUUAAAUUUUAGGUUAUUUAUUUAUUUGAAAUGCAGUUAUUUGGUUUUAAUAAUUAAAUUAUCGGUUCACUGUAGCAAGCAUUUUUUAACUAAUUGUAUAAAAGUGAAAAGAUUAUUAUGGAAGUGUAUCUCUGCUAUAAUCUCAAUAAAGACCUCUGAC